UGAUUCCUGGCCACGCUUGUGGAGGCCUUGUCCUCGUGGCUCUGCAACCAUGAAUAAAAGCAAACUGAUGACCAGUGAAUACCCCUAAACUUCUCAACUUCUCUCUCUCUCGCAAUGGAAGUAGUGGAAGUGAAGAAUGGUUAUGGUGGUGGCGGUGGAACCACCGUGUGCGUGACCGGAGCUUCAGGUUUCAUCGGUUCAUGGCUCGUUAUGCGUCUUCUUCAACGUGGCUACUAUGUCCGAGCCACAGUUCGCGAUCCUGAUAACACAGACAAGGUUAAGCAUCUCUUGGACUUGCCCAAUGCUACCACACACCUCAGCUUGUGGAAGGCAGAUCUCGAUGAAGAUGGAAGCUUUGACGAUGCCAUUCAAGGCUGUCAUGGUGUCUUCCACGUCGCCACUCCCAUGAAUUUCGUUUUUGUCAUGGACCCUGAGAAUGAGUAUAUUAAACCGACGGUAGAUGGGGUUUUGAACGUAAUGAGAUCAUGCUGCAAGGCCAAGACUGUGAAGAGGAUCAUAUACACAUCAACCAUGGCAACUAUUGAAUACCAACAGAAACCCCCUUCCCAAUAUGAUGAGAGUAUUUGGACCGAUGUGGAUUUCUGCAGGGCUCGCAAGAUGUUUGCAUGGAUGUAUCUUGUGGCAAAAACAGAGGCUGAGAAAGCUGCAUGGAAAUUCGCAGAAGAGAACGGCCCUGAUCUCAUCACCGUCCACCCCUGUAGUGUGAUUGGACCAUUCAUUACACCAUACAAGCCUCCCUGCACUUCAAUGGCACUUGCCUUAAUCACUAAAAAUAAAGCUUUUUACCCAAUGCUGACCCAAGGACAUGCCGUACACGUGGAUGAUGUGUGCAACGCUCACAUCUACUUGUUCGAGCAUCCACAAGCUAAAGGAAGAUACAUUUGCUCAUCUCACUCUUUUACCAUAUUCGAUCUUGCUAACUCAUUGAGCAAGAAAUACCCGGAGUACAACAUUCAGACCAAAUUUGAGGACAUUGAUGAAUCAUUGAAGCCUAUCCCUUGCCCAUCUAAGAAACUGUUGGACCUUGGAUUCAAAUUCAAAUACAACUCUGAUGAGUGUGAUGCAGGGGAUUUGUGUGCUGAAGCUAUUGAAGCAUGCAAAGAAAAGGGGCAGAUGCCAUCUCUAUAGAGACUGCAGACCGAGACAUUUACAGGGACUAGAAAAUAAGAAGGCAAAAAGGCAAUAACAAGAAGAAAGAGAUUUCUCAUGUGAGUAGUACAUUGAAGAAUAUCACAUGUUAUAGUUGGGGAAAGGUGUUGGUGUGGAGCUUUGAACCCCAAAUUUAAGGCACUACUAUUCAGGCAAGGCAUGAGGUCAAUAAAUAAUUUUUUUUAUUGGUAUAUUGGAAGCCGUAGUUUGGGAAGAGUGGGUUUGUCUGUAGCAACUUGAAUUAUUGAUCUCCUAAUAAGGUGCAAAUGAACUAGGCUCAUUUUGUUAAAAAGCAGAUUUCAAUGUUCACGGUGUUUUAAUUGUAAGAAUUUUGAAUGCAUAAUUCAUUAUUGUAAUUUGUGUUGUUUGUUGGUGCUUCUACAACUA